GAGUACGACGAGGUUUUAAAGCACCUGUCCGCCUCUGUCAUUUUUUUCUUCCACUUUUAGGGUCUUGGCCAAAUUGGGCGAGGGCACAAAAUAACCACUUACCCCUUCUCGCCGAGGAAGAGCGGGAGAAAGGGCAUGGCACAGUCACAAGGCUGGGUGAAAAGAUACUGCAAGGCCUUUUGUAAAGGCUUCUUUGUCGCAGUGCCUGUGGCGGUGACGUUCUUGGAUCGGGUUGCCUGUGUGGCAAGAGUGGAAGGAGCAUCAAUGCAGCCUUCUUUGAACCCCGGGGGAAGCCAGUCAUCAGAUGUGGUGCUUCUGAACCACUGGAAAGCGAGGAAUCUUCACGUUCAACGUGGUGACAUCGUGUCAUUGGUCUAUUUAUAAAAAUGUUUCAGCCUG